AUGGCGGGGGAAUUACCUGUGGACUUGAGGACCUGGCGGAAGGGCGACCGAGGCAGAAGGGUCCCCUCGAACGGAGCCGCUUCUCCCCAAGGCGGCCGGAGAGGGCCGCUGGAGGGGGAGGUCUCUUUGGGCAGCGGGGCCCUCCAGACGCUGGGGCAUCAGCCUCCUGGGGAACCCGAGGGAGCCCAGACGUCCCCGGCACCCCUUGCUCCUGCAUCUGUCGUGUCAGGAGUGCAAAGCGCGGCUUUCCCCCAGGCCGGGCUGGAAGGGGAGAAGAAGGCCGAGACCCGUCUGCCCCUGAGGAAGCGCCCCUAUUUCGUGCAGGGGGGCGACAGAGAAGCUCGGGGGCCUCUGGCUGGCAAGGUGCCCAAGACUGAGAACGGGGAGGGGGUUUUGGGCACUUGGGGCCCUCCGUGCAAUGGCUGUGCCCCCCCUUACAUCCCUGUUGGCUACCCCAGAUUGCCAGCUGCCUAUUACCCAGGUUUGCCUGCCUCCUUCCUCCCGCCCGAGAUGACUCCUGUGUUGCACCCCAUGGCUCCCCACCACUUGCUGGGAGUCCCUGCUCCCUAUUCCCUCCUGUGCCCACUACAGACCCAGCUUGCCUUGGAUAUUGUCACGGCAACCAAGCAAGAUGAAGAUGGAGACACGCCCCUCCACAUCGCUGUGGUGCAGGAAAACCUGCCAGUGGCCCAGCGGCUGGUGGCUCUCUUUCACCAGGGACAGCGGGACGUGGACGCCUUCAAUAACCUACGGCAGACUCCUUUGCACUUGGCAGUCAUCACAGACCAGCCUGCCCUGGUGAAACUGCUGCUCUCGCACGGGGCCUCGCCAAUGGUCCUGGACCGCAAUGGGCAAACCGCUCUGCAUCUAGCCUGUGAGCACGGCAGCCUCCGUUGCCUGCAAGAGAUGCUAGAAGGAAGCACCUCCCUGCUGGAUCUGGAGGCACGCAAUUUCGAGGGAUUUACCCCCCUCCAUGUAGCUGUGGCCACCUCUAACCACGACAUCAUUCUCACUCUUCUGGAACAUGGGGCAGACGUGGAUGCUGUGGAUAUUAAGAGCGGACGGUCCCCACUUUUACAUGCCGUGGAGAACAAUAAUUUGGAGAUGGUGGAGCUGUUGCUACAGCAUGGGGCGAAUGUAAAUGCCCAGUCAUACGGGGGGAACACGGCUCUCCACGCAGCCAGCGGACGGGGAUUCUUGGACGCAUUGCGGCUUCUGGUGCGCAACGGGGCAGACAGCAGCCUCAAAAACUAUCACAAUGACACCCCGCUGAUGGUGGCCAAGAACAAGAGGGUGACUGACAUCCUGCGAGGAAAGGCCUCCCGGCCCGGCUUGCCACCCGACCACAUCCGCGAGGGGUCAUCCCCGGCGACCAGCACCGCCAGCUCUCCUGGCAUCCGGGCUACCCACCCCAGCUUGCUGCGUGCCUCUCCGGAUUCCUGCCCGACCACUCCUAGCCCUGCCCGGACCCCAAAGCCCCAGAGGGCAUCGCAGUCCCCCACAGCGACCCACCAGAAACCAGACAGCAUGACUUCCCCAGACGGGACCUUGGCUCCCAGCCCCUUAUGUGGAGUGAAGCUGGAGAGAAGCCCAACCCCUCCCGUGCCCGAGCAGGCCGCAGGCUUUGUGAACACCACGAAAUUCUUUCUGCCCCUGGCGGAGGCCAGGAUGGAUCCUGCAUUCCACGGCACCCUCUACUCUUUCCCAGCUUCCAACCAUAGCCCCUCAACCCAUCACGUCCAGCUGCUUCCCGUCAACCUGAAUCCCUCCAUCCUGUCGCUGCCACGAGCAUCCCCAGCAAGCCAGAUUCCCCCAAGGGGCACAGGGGUGGAUCAGUCGCUGAUGCUGCUGGGUGCCGAGAACCCUCCUGACGCUGAUCCCAAAGGGCAGCGGCUCCAUGGCAGGGGCAGCGGGCCUGGAGGGAGCUGA